AUGGCGGGGAAAGAAGCGCUCAACUUCCAGUCCAGACGGUCACCUGUGCUGGGUACCCAUGCCGCGGUGUCUACCUCCCAGCCCCUGGCGACGGAUAUUGGCGCCAGGAUCCUCCGGUUGGGUGGCAAUGCAGUCGAUGCCGCCGUCGCGGUUUCUGCUGCCCUAUGUGUGCUGGAGCCCUGCUCUACCGGCCUUGGGGGCGACAUGUUCAUGCUCUACUACGAAGCCUCCACCAAACAAGUCCACGCGGUGAACGGUUCCGGCAAGGCACCCGCCGCCCUCUCCCUGGAACGCUGCCUCGAAGACCUGGCAAAGGCAACGCCGGCGGCGGCGGCAGCAGCAGCUGCGACCGGCGGCGGCGGUAGCGGUCCGAAAGAUAUUCCUCCGUGCCACCCCCACUCGGUGACAGUCCCCGGGGCCGCGGCCGGGUGGUGCGACUCGGUGUCGAAGUUCGGCUCCGGCGCGUUGACGCUCUCUGAGCUCAUGGAGCCGGCGGCGGUGCUUGCCGAGGAGGGUUUCCCCGUGUCGCCCAUCACCGCCCAUCACUGGGGGCUGAAUGCGUACCAGCUGGAGACGGGGCCCAACAAAGGGGCAGCCCUACUCAUGCCGAACGGGAGGACGCCGGCGGCGGGAGAAGUGUUUCGGAACCCCGACAUGGCGGGCGUGUUGCGUGAGCUAGGGACAGGCGGGAGGGAGGGGUUCUACGGCGGCCGUAUCGGGGAAGCCAUGGUGAAGGUGCUCCAGGAAAUGGGCGGCGUGCUCACGAUGGAGGACCUAAAGGCCCACACCACCGCUUUCGUGGAGCCCAUCUCCGUGGAGUUCGCCGGGGUACGCGUGUACGAGGUCCCGCCGAACGGCCAGGGCAUCGCCGCCCUGCUGGCCCUCAACAUCCUCAAGGAGCUAGGGGUAGUCGAAGAAGAUGGCGGGGAAGCGGCGUACCUUCAUCGACUGAUCGAGGUUCUCCGUCUUGCCUUUGCGGACACGCGGUGGUACUGCGCGGACAUGGACAAGGCGGAAGUGCCGGUGAAGGAGCUGCUUGGGCAGGCUUACGCCGCGGAGCGUGCUCGCCUCUUCGACCCUACGAGGGCGUCAGUCGACGUGAAGAAGGGUAGUCCGACCAAAAGCUCGUGCACAGUGAGCUUCCAGGUCGUCGACGAUCGGGGAAACGCCGUGUCUUUUGUGAACUCCAACUACAUGGGGUUCGGCUCCGGUAUUGUCCCGGAUGGGUGUGGGUUUUCCCUUCAGAGCAGGGGUUCUAACUUUGUGCUCGACCCGGAGCACCCGAAUGUUCUGGCACCGGGAAAGCGGCCGUACCACACAAUCAUCCCUUGCAUGGUGACGUCAGAGGCCACGGGAGAGCUUUUCGCAACGAUGACCAACAUGGGCGCAUUCAUGCAACCCCAGGGCCACGUGCAGCUUCUCUCCAACCUUCUCCUGCGGGGGAUGGACCCCCAGGCCGCCAUCGACGCACCCCGCUUCUGCAUUCGCGACGGCAUGGCCAACGGGGCCGUCGCCCUUGAGCCUUGGUACCCCGACGCCGCCGCUGCCGCCGCCGGCCGUGAUACCCCAGAGGGGGCUGACAAGGGCGGAGAGGGCUAUGAGGCGGUAGUGUCGGAGCUCCAGCGUAUGGGUCACGACAUCAAGGUGGUGCGGGGGCACGCGCGAUGCGAGAUGGGGCGAGCUCAGAUUAUUCAGCGCAAAAUGAGUGGUGGCACCCAGGUCCUUUGGUGCGGGUCGGAUGGAAGGGCUGACGGGUGUGCCGUAGCGUGGUAA